UCAUCCUCUGUAAUGCAUUCGCAGUUGGUGUGCAGAAAUAAACAGUUCAGUCUUUUCUUUUUCAUCAUCUUUCAAUAUCAUCAUGGAGUGGAACGGGGCCGUGGACUUUUUGAUUUUCUGUCUGCUUCUGAAUUGCCUGGUAGAAAAGAUUAUAAACUUCAAGGCCUUUAUGUCGCACCAACCACCACCAACUCAAGGUUUUACUCAGCUUCAGAUAACCCGGGAAAAUUUGGGCUUACUGAAACCAUAUGAUAUAGAUCAAAUUCACUCAUGGCGUACUAAUUCCAGUAGUGGCGUUCUUUCCACCUGGGUUUUGAAAGACGACAAGCCCUAUUUUCCAGAGAGCAACAUCAAACCUAGGACAGAAUUCUUCACCAGGGGAUGUGACUACACAGGUGGGGUGUGGAGGUUUGAGGCAGAGAUGUAUGCUGGGCCAAACACCACGGGAGUAUCCGUGAUGCAGAUUUCUGGGGGUGUGCAAAGGGACAUGGCGUUUAUGCUGCAGAUUAACGAUGGAUAUCUAACACAUUACAAUGACCUAGUGCUGCCGAACCGCAUUAAUAAUCAGUGGAUUUCCCUGAAUGUUACCCACAAUGCAAACGAAAGGAAAGUGGGUUUGUCUGUGAAUGGGCAGGAGGAGCAAGAGUUUUCUGAUGCAGGGCCUGGCGUUCAUUUUUUCAAGUUUGGGGUGCAGGCUCUGGCCAACUCUUCACCUACCAUCUCCAACGAGUUUGGAGGUUAACUAAUUAAUUCCACUGAGAGUUGCUGAUUAAUGGUAGUAGGGUUUUGGAGUUUUGAGUAAGACAAAUCAUUUUUACCUGGCUCAUUCAUAUAUAUAUAUAGACAUCUUUUAAAUUUAACUUCUGAAAAUGAGCUUUUCCACCUUUUGUUGCAUGGUAUAAAAUCCUCUGUUUGCCCUUUCCCUGUGUCUUCAACUUCCUGGUCAUUAUCAAGUAUGACUAUUCCU